AGGCAAGCAGGCUUCUUCAUAUAUAGCCUUGCCCUGGUUAUCUACCAAACAAGCGUGUCCAGGACCAACACCCGAGCACGCAUCACUCUCGUCUUCCUCUUCUUCUCAGCAUAUCAUAGCUUAGCUAGAUCGAGAUAUCCUCUAUACGUGCGUGCGCACAUGGGAGAGGUCGCCCACACCGACGUGGCCGUGGUGUCGUCGUCGUUUUCGCCGCCGGUGAAGGAGGAGGAGGAGCGGUACGUGCAGGUGGGGUCGAGGUUCUUCCGGAUGAAGAACACCGGCGGCGCUAUGACCCGUCCCCACUUCCUCGACGCAUGCUUCCUCUGCAAGAAGAGCAUCUCCCGCGACCGCGACAUCUUCAUGUACAGGGGUGACGCGGCCUUCUGCAGCGAGGAGUGCCGGCAGGAGCAGAUGUGCAUGGACGAGGCGCUCCGCGCGGUGGCGCGCCGCCACCGGGUCCUGCAGCACCUCAAGCCGGCGGCGGCGGAGCCGGUGUCCAGCUGCGCUGCGCCGCAGGAGGGCGCGGCGGCGGCGAUGAUGCGCCGGCGACCGACCAUCGCCAACAUCAACGCGGCGCGCACUCCAGUGGCCGCGAGCUAGCUACCUUAGACGGCGCGCGUUGCCAGCCUGCAGCUGCGCCUGCGCGCCAUGUAUCGAUCAUCUCCGCCUCUAGCUAGCACUAGCUAGCUAGGAGAGACUAGGAAUGAACUGAUCAUAACAGCAAUCGAUCGACGAACUAGCGAUAAGGGGAGAUCGAUCAGUGAUGUAUAGUUAAGACUUGCUUAGGAAGCUUAAAAAAUGUUUUCCUGCGUGUUAUUACUGCCAAGAGCUAUCAAAGCUGAAGGUGAUCAUCAUCAGCUCUACUACAUAGGAUCGAGCAUGGAUCUAGUAGGUUGCUGAUCACCUCCCAACUUCGAGUCUUCUUCUCGGGUCGAAUCUGAGCGCGUGUUCUUGUCAAUGAUGUAUUGAUAUAUUUGUCCUGUGCUAACUAAAUUUGCAGAUUAAGAAAAAAUAAAUUCUUUUC